CUCCCAUCCGCCACCCGGGAGCACGCGCCCUUGGGCUGUCAAAACUCUCAUACAAUAGUUUUGUGACUCCAUCUUAGGAUUCCGUAAAGCUAUAAGAACCCGAGAUAGGAGCUCAACCACCAAGCCCAGGGCAUGCAUCAAAAUGCCACAAUUAAUCUACACGCUGUUGUUGAUGCUACUAGCGGUAGUCACGUUUGGAGACACUAAGGCAUGCAAUGAAACGUGUUCAUUUACAGUCGACUACGAGCAUGAUAGGUUCUUGUUGGAUGGAAAACCUUUUCGCUUUGUGUCUGGAUCGUUUCACUAUUUUCGCGCUCUGCCCGGUUCCUGGCGGCACAUUUUGCGUUCGAUGCGAGCCGCUGGUUUGAACGUUGUUAUGACUUACAUCGAAUGGUCAACCCAUGAACCCAAGGAGGGAAUCUAUAACUGGGAUGGCAUCGCCAAUCUGGAAGAAUUCAUUCGCAUAGCGGACGAAGAAAAUCUCUACGUUGUACUGCGACCGGGGCCAUAUAUAUGUGCAGAACGUGAUAUGGGUGGCUUUCCGUACUGGUUAUUGACGAAGUACCCGAGCAUGAAGUUGCGCACAUCUGAUGCGGACUUCCUUCGAGAGGUCGAAAAGUGGUAUGACGUAUUGUUACCUCGGAUAAAGAAAUACUUGCGUGGACAGGGAGGCCCAGUCAUCAUGGUGUCAAUUGAGAACGAGUAUGGAUCGUUCUCGGCCUGUGACCACGAAUAUUUAUCUUUUCUCAAGAAUCUGACAGAAAAAUACGUUCAGAACGAUGCAGUACUUUUUACAAACGACAUGCCAGAUCAAUUGGAAUGCGGAAGUAUUCCAGGCGUUCUAGCAACUGUAGACUUCGGAACAACCGACAAUCCCGACCAGCACUGGCAGAAGUUGCGUAAAUAUCAACCCAAAGGACCUCUUGUGAAUGCUGAAUUCUAUCCCGGCUGGUUCACCCACUGGACGGAACCGAUGGCACGAGUUGCGGUAGGCCCGGUAGCGGAUACAUUGCGUACUAUGUUGUCCAGUGGGGCCAGCGUUAACUUUUAUAUGUUCUUCGGUGGAACCAAUUUUGGUUUCACUGCCGGAGCCAACGGCGGAGGUCCGGGGGAAUACCAAGCGGAUAUCACAUCCUACGAUUACGAUGCACCAUUGGAUGAGGCGGGUGACCCAACCAGUAAAUACUACACCCUAAGGAGUGCUGUUUUAGAGUACCUUCCAGAUCCAGACGUUCCGGUUCCGCCAAGACUUCCAAAAAUGUCUCUUCCACCGGUGAAAUUGAACCGGUAUGGAUCUUUAAUGUCAACCGAAGCACGGCAAGCUCUAGGAUAUCACACAAAAUCCAGCGAGAGACCGUUAAGUUUUGAGGCCCUAGAUCAGCACUCGGGACUUGUACUGUACGAAGCAACCAUUCCUAGUGGUACAAACCGUGACCCACUACUCCUUAAGGUUCAGGAUCUUCGUGAUCGCGCUUACGUUCAUGUUAACAAUAAAUUCAUAGGUGUCCUUUACAGAGAGAAUGCCAUCGAUUCUAUACCAGUUAGCUUAGGACAAGGUGAACGGCUCCAGCUUUUGGUAGAAAAUCUAGGGCGAAUAAACUAUGCCAUUGCAAACGACUUCAAGGGCAUUCUGGGCUCUGUAACAUUUGAUGGAAAUGAAAUUUUAAACUGGACAAUGACAAGAUUUCCACUGGAGGAUUAUUCCUUGUUGCAAAACUACGUGGACCGAUACAGCGGGUAUGAGGUUGAAGCAAGCAGGAACGCAGCUGCACAAAUCUUCCAAGGGACAUUCGUUAUUCAUUCCCAACCGAUACACGAUACAUAUGUGGAUCCAACCGGUUGGGGAAAAGGAUUGAUAUUUAUCAAUGGAUUCAAUCUGGGUCGAUAUUGGCCACUGGCCGGUCCACAAGUCACCCUAUACGUACCAAGACACAUUCUCCACGAGGGAAGCAACACAAUACUCGUCAUUGAGUAUCAACAAGAAAUUCAAGGAGACGCUGUCAUCACAUUCACCGAUCAGCCUAAAUUAGAUGGCUUAUAAUACCCACCAUUUAAUAUUUCGAAAGUAAUGAGAUUGAUAUUAAAAUUCACCUAGCAAUGCUACGAUAGUAUUUCAUUCCUGUAAAGGUAACUCCAACAAUAAGGGAAGCUAAUAUAACUUUCAA